AUGAUAGUUGCAAGCCAAGAGACUUUUGGAACACUGGGUGCUAUUGUAAGGAGCCUAAGUGGCAACCGACAAGUUGGUUUUCUCACAAACCGUCAUGUUGCUGUUGACUUGGAUUACCCAAAUCAGAAGAUGUUUCACCCUUUGCCUCCUACACUUGGUCCUGGCAUAUAUCUUGGUGCAGUGGAGAGAGCUACUUCAUUCAUCACCGAUGAUCUAUGGUAUGGCAUUUUUGCUGGAAUAAAUCCAGAGACGUUUGUGAGAGCAGAUGGAGCGUUCAUCCCUUUUGCUGAUGAUUUCGACAUGGCUACGGUUACUACUUCUGUCAAAGGUGUGGGACAGAUCGGUGAUGUCAAAGUAAUAGAUUUGCAGUCUCCAGUCAGUAGCCUUAUUGGAAAGCAAGUGAUGAAGGUUGGAAGAAGUUCAGGCUUGACAACAGGAACAGUGUUGGCCUAUGCCCUUGAGUACAAUGACGAGAAAGGCAUUUGCUUCCUAACUGAUUUUCUUGUUGUGGGUGAGAAUCAACAGACAUUUGACCUUGAAGGAGAUAGUGGAAGCCUCAUCAUUAUGAAGGGUGAGAAUGGUGAGAAGCUGCAGCCUAUAGGGAUUAUAUGGGGAGGAACAGCUAACCGGGGCCGACUUAAGUUAAAAGUUGGCCAACCCCCAGAGAAUUGGACCAGUGGGGUAGAUCUUGGGAAACUCCUGAGCCUCCUUGAGCUUGAUCUCAUCACAACCGAUGAAGGGCUUAAAGUGGCUGUGCAGGAGCAAAGAGCAGCUUCAGCAACAGCAAUUGGUUCUACCGUAGGGGACUCCUCAACCCCUGAUGGGAUUCUUCCAAAAGACAAAUCCGAAGACAAAUUUGAGUCACUAGGUCUUCAGAUUCAACAUAUCCCAUUGGAUAUUGAGCGAUGCAGUCCAGGUCAGAAUUCGUUGCUUGUCGAAACUGAGUUUCAUUUGGAAGACAGUGUGAAAACUGGUCCAAGUGUUGAGCAUCAGUUUAUUCCAAGUUGUAUUGGGCGUUCUCCCUUGCAUCAAAAGAACUUAUCAGAUAAAGCAGUAUCCGAGAAUCUUGCAUCUCUAAGGAACGGUUGCGAUGAAGAUUUAUGUGUUUCAUUGCAUCUAGGUGACAAUGAAGCCAAGAGACGGCGUUCGGAUGCAUCACCGAGCACAGGUGAGACCAAAUGAAGGGCUUGAGCAGGGUGAAUUAAAACUCUUUUUAUCUUUUUCAUGGAUGCUAUUUGGAACUUUUAACCCCUGUAUUUUAUCUUGUGUUUUUAAUACCAAAUCAAACAAAGGGCUAAUAACUGAGCA